AUGUUAGGCUAUCUUCAUCAUCACCAUUAUCAUCAUUUUCAUUAUAAUGAUGGUGGUGUACCAACACAAUCGACCACUGGUUGUAGUGGUGGUGGUGGUGGUGGUGGUGGAAGUCAACCACAAACACCAUUAACACCUGGUCCAUUACGUCAUACACCAACCGGUAGUAUGGGUCGAAUUCCAAUGAUAGCUCCAUCAACACCAAUUAUGCAGAUACCAAUUGUGCCAAUACAUUCGGAAACACAGCCUAUAACGGUUGCAUUACCGCCGCCGCCGCCACCACCACUACCACCACCACAACAACCACCAGAUGCGCCUAUCCAUUCAAAUCCAUCAAAAGAAUCGUAUCAUCAUUUUGUUUUGCCACCACCUCAACCAACAUCACAACAAACAACAGCAACAGCGACAGGUACUAAUCAUCAUCAUCAUCAUCACCAUCAACAACAACAACAACAACAACAACAAACAAUGCCACAAUUAGUGCCAUUAUCUUCAAACGCUUCAAUUCCUAAUCAUCAUAAACCACAACAAAUUGUCAACCACCAAUAUUAUCAUCAAACAUCAUCAUCACCACCAUCGUUGACACCACCAUCAUCAUCCACUUUAUGUUCAUCAACGACGCCAUUUAUAUUUCCACCAUCUGCCAAUAAUAAUCAUAUAUCACAAACAGGAACACCAUCAGCUGUUUCAACAUUGACACGAAAAAAAGUAUCGGCUAUGGCUAGUCAUCAAUCACAUGCUCAUCAACAACAUCAUCAUCAACAUCAUCUUCAACAACAACAACAAUCGCAACAACAACAACAACAAUCGGCAGCAAUGUUGAAUGAUGUAUUUAGUGGUGGAAAUUUUAUUGUUGGUGGUAGUUUUGCUGUUGCCACUCCAAAUCAUCAUCGAAUUAUUAUUGAAGAUCAAUUAUGAUGUAAACAAUAAAUUUUAAUUUCAAUUCUGAUAAUGAUGAUAAUAAUUUUUUUUCUCUUUAUUGAAAACUGUGAUUUUUCUCAUGCCAAAAUGCACACUUCUCAUACACAGACACACACACCAAAAAUAAUCUCACUAAUUCAUGAAAAUUUUAAUGAAUAUAUAAUCUUUCAAUUCAUCCAUUAUAAUGCAAAUAUAACUCAAAAAAUUUGUAAAUAGCCAUCAUUUUCAUCAUCAACAUUCACCAUUAUCGCUCAUCAAUUAUCAAUUAUCAAUUAUUAUGAUUUAUGCACCAAAAUUUGAACCUAAACAUACACAUACAACGUUAUAUUUAUGAAAUGAAAACAAUAUAAAUAAAACAAAAUAUAAAUACUUGAUUUUGUCAACAUCAACAUCAUCAUCAUCAUCCAGAUCCAGAUCCUAAUCAGAUAAUGCUCAAUUUUCGCAAUCAAUAAAAAAAAUGUUGUUGAAUAAAUAAAUUGU